UUACUUCAACCAAAAGUGAGUCGGGAGUAACAAGAUGCGAGAAGUUGCGUAGUCCUGUGCAAUGUUAGAUCUACUGUCAAUAAAUUGUCCGAGUGACUUUCUUUAAUUUCGGAUUUACCAAAAAAGUAGAAAAUAAACUUUGUUUUUCUAUUUAUUCUUCUUGUUAACUGGAAAUCACGAUUGACAUAGCUGAUUAACAGUACAUGUGUAUUAAGAGAUGUCGCGGUGACGACUAUAUAUAUAUGUAAUUGCUAGCAUAAGAGAAAGAGAAAUGGCUUUAUUUCUCCAACUUGUCGAUUAACAUGCAUCUGAAACAAUUGUGAAUGAAUAAAAUAAAAGAUAAAAGUAGUAAGAAGUCGGAUAUCCAAGAUUCUUCUGUGGGGGAAAAAAAUAAAUAAAAUAACCGCUUGUGCGCACGACGAGAAUGGGGGAGAGUUGCCUUGAUCACGAACUGUCAAAGAAGAUGGCAUCACUUAUAGAAGAUCUGACAACAUCAGGCAACCCAUCUCUUAAUCUUGACAAAAUGAAAGGACUCAAGAAAAUAUGCCGAACAUCAGAUCUGUAUGUUGAGCAUGCAUUUCAUUUGCUGAGGACACAGCUUACUAGAGAACAUUCGGAGAUAAGGCUUUCAGCAUUCCAGGUUGUUGAUGAGCUUUUCAACAGGUCUCAUGCCUUUCGAGAACUCCUUGUGUCAGAUUUUCAGAAUUUUCUAGAACUCACAGUCGAGACAGACCACAAUCAGCCUCUCCCACCUCCAAGAAGUGCUGCAGUGAAACUGCGUUCAGACACACUGAAGGCUAUACAGCAGUGGCAAGACAAAUUUGGAGCAGCUUAUAAGAAACUUUCUUUGGGAUAUAAUUAUCUGAAAUCAUGCAAGCAUGUUGAUUUUAGUGACAUCAGAGCAAGAUCCCAAGCAGAGAGAAGGCGUAAUGAAUUGCAACAAGAGCAAAAGCAAAAAGCACUUGCAGCAAAACUGGACAAGGUUCAGAAAGAAAUUGCUGAGCAGAAAAAAGACAUAGAAGAUGCUGCUAUGGAAGCUGAAAACUGCUUAGAGUUUCUUGUGCCCAAACCUGAUUCUCUUCUAUUUUGCAAGUCAGAUUUUAAUGUGCCUGACAAGGGCUCUGCCAACCAGGAGAUGCCCCCAGACCUGGCUGCCUCUUCUGUGUCUCUUCAACAUAAUGGGCAGCAUCAUCAGGAAUGUGAGCAAAACACUGACGAAAGAAGCAAAAGAAGUUUUUCAAAAAUUGAUGAAAAUCAGAUAUCUUUUCCUGCAGCUAGAUCUACAGAUGGUGUUUCUGUGGAAGAUAGAGACUCUGAAACGACUGAUGAUAAUGCAACGGGGGCAUACCAAAGCAACAAAGAAAAGUCUUCUUUCAACCUACUUCCAGAAGCAUUAGGCAAUGCACAGCAUUGUCAGAGCAGAGCACAAUUUGAACUUGAUAUUUCAGGUACCAGGUAUUUUCAGGUGUCUGAAAACAAAAAUAUUGAAAAUGAUGACAAUGAAAGUGUAGAUUUUGAAAACAUUGAGGAAGAAAAUGAAAAUAGAAUAGUUCAAGCUCAUGGACUUGGCAGUAGAAAGUAUAACCUAGAGAUUGAAAUUGGCACAGAUAAAGUCAGUCUUGUUGAAACAGAGGACAACCAAGAUCUGUUCCAGUCACUAAAAGAUGCAGCUUGUCUAAUUACUAUGCGAUACCUUCCACAAAUUGUGAAGUGGCUUGAGGUACUGAGCAAGGCAGGUGCAAGUCAGUCAGAAAUAAAGGCCAUGAUUAACCUCAAGGCCCGGCUAGAGCAGAUCAAAACAAAGUGCACAGAACUACAGGUGGUGCAAGCUGAGACAGCAAGUGCACGACAAGGAUCUGAUUCAGAUGACGAGUUUGAAGAAGUACCUGAAAAGGAAGGAUAUGAACCAGUCAUUCCAUCUCACUUGCGGGCUGAAUAUGGACUGGAUAAUGGACCUGACACGUCAGUUGUUCAGAAGACAGCAAAAAUGGGGACACCGUCAAGCAGAACUCAUGCAGUGACAAAAAGAGAAAUGAAGAUGGAACGGCCAAGCACAGAUAAAAUGUUGUAUGCAUCAGGGGCUGCAGCUACUGCAAGCAAGCACAAGUCCACAUCUUCUUCCUGGAGUUUAUCUGAGAGAAACGGUGCCUGGUCAUCCAAUGACCCAACAUCACGUGCUGCCAACUUAGCCAAGCUUGGACUGAAAGACGAUAGAGCAGGAAAGACAUUGUCAUCAAAAGAAAAACCUUCCUGCACUAUAACUUCAGGCGAGUCAUCUAACAUUCCAGAACUUCCCUUUGGGCCAGAUUUAGCAUACUGGGGUCGAUCUGACAAGAUUGAGGCACCCACAGUUGUUAAAAACGAAUCAUUGCACCGAUUCUGGGCACCAGCACAAGUGGAAGCAGAGAAGCCUUCACAGAUGGAGAUGGCUGCCAUUAUGAAUCGAACAUUUCACUUUGUUGGCAACUUUGUACCUGUGAAAUGGAAAUGUCGUGUAAUGCUGCCCAGUGGAAAGCUUUGUGAAAGAAUGGAUCGUGUAAAGUGUCCAUUUCAUGGAAAGAUAAUUGCACGUGAUGAAAAUGGAGAGCCAUCUAAUCCAGAAGAUGUGAAGGUGGAAGUGCCUGAGACAUCUAUGAACAAUUCAAGUGAAAUACCACCAUGGCUGGAUGCAGAACUGCAAGCUGACAUUGAGGCUGCAACAGGCCAUGAUCUUGGCUCAGAAAGAUCAAAAAUCAAGCAGAAGAAAAAGGGGAUAAAAGGAAAAGCAAAAGGGAAAAAGUAUCCAGGGCUAACAGACAUCAAAGAGACAAACAACACAACUCGGUCCAGAUUAGAGGCAAAGGUCUUUAACAGGUCAGCCUUGAAACGGGUGGCCAGCAGAUUAGAUGCUGCUGAUUACAAACGACUACGUGACAAAUUCGCCAACCAAUUCAAUUACGCUCACAAGUAAUGAGCUCAUUGUCAACAAUUGACGCCUAUUUCAAGGCAGGGUGUGGAGUUCAUUACCUUUAGAAAACAUUAUUUUGGUUUGGAGUUUAUGAUGGGAAUCAUGCCAUUGUUUUCUCAGGGAUUAACGAUAUAUCAUUGCGUUACUGUACACAGAAGUCUCAGAUUCAGCCUUAGGAGUUAAAUUUUGUCUGAUGGUAAUGAAGGAGAGGAUUGUCGAACAGAAUAGCAUGGGAAAUAAUUACACAAAGAAGUUCAUUUUGGUAAUUUUUGUAUUCUUGCUUGAUGUAAAAUGAUAUAAUCUGUUCCGCAAGGUUUGAUGUAUGGCAUCAAGAUGAGGAGACAGUGAAACCCAAUAAUGUGGUAUGCUUUGCAUGUGUGUCAGAGAGAGUGUGUGUCUGUAAGUAUGCACACAUAUUGUGCCAUGGUGUUAAUUUUAAUGGGAAAGAGUGAAUUUAUAUACUUGGACUUAGUGCAUACUCUUAUGCUUAAGAAAAUUGAUGUAACCAAAUUAUUUAUUUUAAUCCAAAAUAUUAAUCUGUUUUCCUUCAGAACCAUUGCAACAUUUUAAACCAAGAACUGUAAAUAUGCAGAAGCAUAAUAGAUCCAUCUGACAUUGUGAGAUACAUUAACUCUUAGUGAUAAUAGUCACUUUAUUUUACUAUUUAUAUUCUAGUAUAGCUUGCUUUAAUCUUCAUACAGGAGAUUUUGCAUAAAAUUUGCUGUAUAUAUAUUGUGGGACUCGGUUCCAUUGUGACAGUGAUUGAAAUAAGUGAGAAAUCUCUUGAGCAAGUCAUUUGGUAGUCCGUGUGGCAGUCUGCCUUCCCUUAAUGUAGCCCAUGACACAUGCUGCUAUUUUUCAAGUCUUUUAGUAUAGAUAAAUCAAUUGAUUGCU